AUGAGCGUCGGCACGAACAACUUCGGCGGAGAGAUGGCGCGCGAUCCGGGCGCGGGUGCCGACGACGACGACAACGUGACGUACACCAACACCGGCACCGGCUCGCAGCCCGGCCCCGACACAUGUCCGGCGUCAGAAUCGGGCGGCGGAGGAAACGACGACAAAGUGGCGGCGUUCCUGGCGCGGUGCGGGCUGAGAGCCUCGGCCGUCGCCGCGGCGCACGACUUCGCGAGGACCAAGUUUCCGGGGUGCGAGGUCGCGCCGGCGCCGUUCCAGGGGUACUGCUCAUACACGCUGCUCCUUCUGCCGCAGACACCCGGCGGGAGACGGCGGGACAGCGGAGUCGAAGCCGGUGACGGAAGCGGCGGUGGCCGCAGCAGCAGCAGCGAAAGCUCGGACACUAGCGGGAAAAGAAAAGUUCCAGCUGGCGGCGAGAGGGGGAACAACCUGCUGGUGCAGUUUCGGCCGAGGCGGCACGCCAUCGACGCCGGGAUGUGCGCGGAAGCGAGGGGCGUUCUUGGCGGCAGGAUCGUGCCGGGUGUCGAGGACCUGGGCGUGCUCACGGGGCUGGAGACGGCAGGCGCGGAGACAGGGGGCGGCGGCGAUGCGCUGUGCGCGUAUGCGCUGGAACGAGCUGGCGGGGUCUCGCUGACGCGGUUCCGGAGGUCGUCGACAUCGUCGGGGACGGAUCCGCGGGCGUGCAGGAGGCGGAUCGUGGCGGACCUGGCCGUCGUGUUCGCGGACGCCUGGCGGGGCCGGCGGGACGGGCGAGACAUCGUCAAGGGGAAGGUCGGCGGGAGCCUGCGGUGGAGGCUGGAGGUCCUGGUGGAGGGCCUCACGGGGGAGCUCCGGGAGGUCGCGAGGCGGGUGAUGGGGGAGCUGGCGGAGGUGGAGGGGUCGCUGCCGUGGGUCGUCACGCACGGGGACCUGGUGCCGGACAACAUCCUGGUUCACCCGCCACCAUGGGGAGAGGGCGACGGCGCGGGCGGGAGGCGGCGGAAGGAGAUGCAGGAGAGGGCGGGCGGGCUGGUUGGGCUGAUCGAUUGGGCCGAGGUGGAGUGGCUGCCGUUCGGUGUGGGCAUGUACGGCCUCGAGGAGGUGCUGGGGGAAGAUGUGCCGAUCGAGGACGACGACAGCCACGGCACCGACACCGGCGGCGGAGCGGGCACGACGAGGUUUGAGUACUACUCGGAGGCGUGCGCCCUUCGAAGCCUCUUCUGGGACGAGGUCGGUCGGGUCGUGGGCGACGAGGAGGUGAUACGCCGGGCGCAGCUGGCGCAGGUCCUCGGGGUGCUGCUGUGGCGGGGCAUCGCGUUCGACAAUGGCGCGCUGGAGAGGGCCGUGGACGGGGAGAGGGACUGGUGGGACAUGCAGAGACUGAACGCCUGGCUGUUCGGGGAAGGAGGGCUCGGACUCAAGAGCGGCAAGGGGUUGGGAGAGGAAGAGGAGGAGGAGGAGGAGGAGAUGGCGGUGGUGGUGGUGGAGAAGGGCGUGAGGCGGAGGUGGUUGAGAAAGGUCUGGCGAUUGACGACACGUUGUUUCAAGGCUCUGUAG